GCUUGCUCCCUCGACGUCAGUCUCCUCUCCUCUCGGCCAAUCAGAUUGUUCGAUAUGACUACUUCACGCGGCCGGCCGCUCCGGCUCAGGUAGACGGGACGCUCGGCUAAAAGUCUUCUCUCCACACCUGCACUCACCCUGCAUUGUCCAUCAUGGAGGUGAACGGCACGGUAGACAUCUUGAGCUCCGCUUACCUGGCGGUGGAGUACGUAGAUGCGGUUUUGCCAGAAAACCCCUUCCAGCCCUCCAUGAAACACGCCUGGGGCUACAUGCUGGACAACUACACCAAGUUUCAGAUUGCCACCUGGGGGUCGCUCAUCGUCCACGAGCUCAUCUACUUCCUGUUCUGCCUGCCGGGUUUCCUCUUCCAGUUCAUGCCCUUCAUGCAGAAAUACAAGAUCCAACAGGACAAGCCAGAGACCUGGGAGAAACAGUGGACAUGUUUCAAGAUGCUGCUGUUCAACCACUUCUGUAUCCAGCUGCCGUUGAUCUGUGGGACUUACUACUUCACUGAAUUCUUCAACAUCCCUUAUGACUGGGACUCAAUGCCACGCUGGCCGUACGUCCUCGCUCAGUGCUUGGGCUGCGCCAUCGUCGAAGACACCUGGCACUACUUCCUCCAUCGGCUGCUGCAUCACCGCAGGAUCUACAAAUACAUCCACAAAGUCCACCACGAGUUCACCGCUCCAUUCGGCAUGCAGGCAGAAUACGCUCAUCCUGCUGAGACUCUCAUCCUGGGAGCUGGUUUCUUCAUCGGCAUCAUGAUCUUCUGCAACCACGUGUUCUUCCUGUGGGCCUGGGUGUCCUUCCGCCUGCUGGAGACCAUCGAUGUCCACAGUGGUUAUGACAUCCCUCUGAACCCGCUCCACCUCAUCCCGUUCUACGGCGGCACGCGCUUCCACGACUUCCACCACAUGAACUUCGUCGGCAACUACGCCUCCACCUUCACGUGGUGGGACAAGCUGCUGAAGACGGACAACCAGUACAACACGUACAUGCAGAAACAGGGAGACAAGAAGGAGCAGUAGACCCCGCUGGGCCUCUGUUCUUACACUGGCUUGUUUUGUCAGGAGCAGCGACUAGGACACACACACACACACACACACACACACACACACACAGCUGCUUUUCCACACACACACACACACACACACACACACACACACACUAAAAGUGUACUGAUUCUGAAUCGGACUGCGUGUUGACUUCAGUGUGUCUUCUGUGCCUUAGUAUUUGCUGUCUGCUUCUGUCGACAGCUGCCAGCUGAAUAAAAAAAACAUCAACAUCCUCAUUUUGAUUUGUCACUCUGCUUGGUCAUUGUAUGAAGAAGUUUGGACCACAUGACUUUCUUGCGAAAUACUUGCGUGUACCGCAGAAUGUGUGAGCACUUUAGCGCUUCCUCUUGAAAUAAACUGAGUCGGAGAGUAACCUGGCGUUACAACAUUUUGAUGAAAAGGGAUUGACUCUGAGAGACUUCCAGGUUCUUCCAGCUUGUUUUGUUUUAAAACUGUACAAAAUGAAUAAAUGCUGUCAUGAUUUUUUACAAAAAGAA